UUCAAUGAAAACGUUUAAAAACCUGGAAAUUUUAUCCAAAAAUUCCAGAAAAAGGUAGAGCCGAUGGGGAGUCACUCAAUCAUCACCAGUAUUAGCUCAGCCCCACCUUCACUCCCUCUCCGUUCUGUUCCGGAGGUCGUUGCAUUCUCCGGCCACCUAUCUCACCGGAAAACGAGAGGGCUCCUUCUCUAUCCACAGACCGCAAAUGCAUUCUCCAGUCCACUCCUCGUGCAUGCUCCGGUAGUUUUUCCAUUCUCCAAAGACCUGUUUAACCGGAAAAUGAGAGGAUUAGAGGUGGUGACACGUGCGGGUGCCAACACCAGCAGCUACGUGUUCGCGGCAGUGUUCCCGCUCUCACUUCUAGCUAUCACCAUCUUUACUUCCAUCAAGAUUGCUGAUAAGCUCGACGAAGACUUCCUAGAAGAUAUCUCUAUAAAUCAAGCAGUAAAGGAGGCAGAGGACGAGGGUGAUGAUGGUGAUGAUGGUGGUGAUGGUGAUGAUGAUGCUAUUUCAUUGGAGGAAAUAGUGCAAGAACCAGUGCUUCCACGUACUCGAAAUCGGCCCAAGAGGGAAGUGUAAACAUCCAAUUUCAUAAUUUGCAUUAAUUGUAUAAUUCUUUUUCUGACUGUAGAUUAAAACUCAUAGAAAGUGCCAUUGAACAAUGUAAAUUUCCCCUUUUGAGAGGGAGAGGGGGGGGGGGGGGAUACAUUGAGCUCACUUUGGUUGCUGUUGGAAUUUUGUCACAUAGCAUGUGAAUGAAGAAAACAAGUAUUGAAAGCUUUUCCUCUGUUUAGGAGUCUGAUUCGGUUUAACUUCAACAUUAAUAAAAUUUAAUGUAAUUAUCGGAUAAUAAGAAAACAAGUAUAUGAUUUGAUUGAAA